AAAAAGCAAAGCAAUAAAGAAAGGAAGAAAAGAGAGGAAACAAAGACAAAAGGUUCUCAAAACUCCAUGAUUAAAAUUCAAACUCUUUCAAAAAAUAGGUCCAACCAAUGGUGCUCUCCCUAGCUACUUAAUCAACCUCAAGAAGACCUCUCAAAGUUCCUACAAAGACUUUUGUUUUUAGGCAACAAAAUCAACAAAGAAAAGGAGAAAAUAGAAACCAAAAAAUUUCUCUCUUUUUUUUCUCUCUUCUUUUGUAAUAAUAUUCUCAAAGGGUUGAAGAUACUAAACAUGAAUAGAGGUGUUGUUCAAAGUUCACCAGUGCAACAAAUGAUGGCUAGUAACCCUAAUUGGUGGAAUAUCAAUAUCAAUAACAUGAGGCCUCCAUCUCCACAAGCUUCUCCUUUUUUUUCAACUCCUUCUAACUUUCUCAACCCUUUUACACCAACUUCUUCUUCUUCUUCUCUUCCUUUUCCUUCUUGGCAUGACAAUCAUCAAGAGCUUCCUGAAUCAUGGAGCCAACUACUCAUGGGUGGACUUGUGGGUGAGGAAGAUAAAAUUGGUAUGAGCCAAUUUCAUAAUCAAAUGUUAAUAAGUCAAGCUCCAAAUGCUUCUCUUGUUGAUGUUAAACAAGAAAGUUCAAGAAAUAGCUAUGUAUAUGGACAUGGAAAUGAAGAACUUAAUUCAACAAAAUCUUCUUGGUCUCCAAAUUCAAGUGUGACAAGUUUCAACAACAACAUGUUAGAUUUCUCUAACAAUAAUGAUGUUAGGCAUCCAUCACAAGAUCGAUCUUCUGAGUGCAAUAGCACUGCAUCCGGUGGGGCAAUGAAGAAAGCUAGGGUUCAACAAACUACAACUCAAUCAACUUUCAAGGUUAGAAAGGAGAAGUUAGGUGAUAGAAUUACUGCCCUUCAUCAGCUUGUUUCCCCAUUUGGAAAGACUGACACAGCCUCUGUCCUGUUAGAAGCUAUUGGUUAUAUCAGAUUCCUUCAUAAUCAAAUUGAGGCUCUUAGCGUACCAUACUUGAGCAAUGGAUCAGGAAACACAAGGCAACAACAUUCGGUUCAAGGAGAGAAGAAUUGUUUAUUCCCUGAAGACCCUGGUCAGCUGCUAAAUGAAUAUAGCUUGAAGAGGAAAGCAGCUGAAGAGGGUUCUCAAGAUCAAGAAUCAAAGAAGGACCUAAGGAGUAGAGGGUUGUGUCUUGUUCCAGUAUCAUGCACCAUACAAGUUGGCAAUGACAAUGGAGCUGAUUAUUGGGCACCUACCCUUGGAGGGGGAUUUAGGUAGAGACCAAUUUAAAUUAAUUAUUAGGGCAGCAUAUAGUUAUUAAAAAAAAUAUAUACUAGCAUGCAUAGAGAUAAUUAAAUUCAUGGAAAUUGAUAUAAUAUCAUGAGCAAUCAAUCUUCUAAAAAAAAAUUAAGGCUGAUUGCUCAUGAUGCUAUAUUUCAUAUAAUUCCUGAAUAAAUUGUGCUAGAUAUGAUGAGCUAUAUAGUAUUUGCUAGCCCUUAAUUAUUAAGACUUCUUGAUUGAUUCUAUGGGUAAUCAACUUUUUAUUUAUUUUCAAUAUGUAUAUGUGAUAAUUGUAUUAAUCAUUUGAAUGCUACCUACUUUUUAAUUAGCAACAUUAAAACUUAUGAUCA